CAUGAACACACCCUGACAACCCACGAAAGGGGCGACACCAUGUCGCCAAACCCAUUGCCGUCGUCCCUCAGCGCGGCGGCCGCGCCUCCUACGCACCUCAUCGUCGUCUGCUGCCACGGCAUCUGGCUCGGCGGGCCGUCGGCGGGCCACGACGAGGCCGAGUGGCUCCUCGCGCCGUUUCAGGCAGGCGAGACGCCCACCUUUGUGCGGCACAUCGAGGAGGGCGUGCGCGCGCACGCUGCCGACAGGGCCGACUCUGUGCUCGUGUUUUCGGGCGCCGCGACGCGUCCCGAGACGCAACUCUCCGAGGCGCAGAGCUACGCCAACGUCGCCGCGCAGAACCGCUACUUUGGCCAUCUCAUCCUGCCCGGGUCGGAGUCAGAGUCGUCACCCGCUCGCAUCCUGCUCGAGGAGCGCGCCCUCGACUCCUUCUCCAACGUGCUCUUCAGCCUGACCCUCUUCCGCGCGCGCGUCGGCGCCUGGCCCGCCGCGCUCACCGUCGUGGGCCACGCCUUCAAGCGCCCGCGCAUGGAGGCGCACGUCGCGGCCGUGGGCUUCCCCGCCGCGCGGACGCGCCACGUUGGUGUCGAUCCUCCGGCCAUUGGGCGCGUCCUUGUUGCUGCUGCUGCUGCUGCUGCUGCCGUCGCGACUGCUGCUACCGCUGGCAGAGACGCCGGUGGGGGAGCGGAGGGUGAGGAUGGGGAGGGGGAGGACGAGAAGGGGGAGGACCCCCGCCACCACCCCGUGGUGCGCGGGAUACGCAACGCGGAGAGGGAGUGGCGCGACGAUCCGCACGGCAGGGGCGAGAGCCUCGCGGGCAAGAGGAGGGGGAGGAACGUGUGGGCGGCGUGGCAGGGGGUGUUUGAGCGCGACGUCACGGACAGAGGUGGGCUGGAGACGGUGGGUGAAGGGGAGGAGGAGAGGCUCGUCGACGAGGCGAGGAGGCCGUGGCUGUGA